AGAAGUUGGUGCGUGCGCGCUCGGAGCAGGGUUUUUGUUCAGCAGAGGGAAGCGGCGGGUUGCUCAGAGGGCUCGCGCACACCGAAGGAGCAGCAGCAGCAGCGACAGCAGCCCGUGGAGGAGGAAGGAGCCGACUUUUGCCUCGUGCUUUCUUCCUGCUCUAACCGAGGAAAGUUUUUUUUUUUUUUCCUCUUUAAGCAGCACAAUAUUUAUUCAGUGUCGCUGGCUGCGCGUCAUAGUCACAUCCGAAGUAUUAUGGAGGACCAGCUGCUGUGCUGCGAGGUGGACUCGAUCCGGAGAGCCUACCAGGACGUCAACCUGCUCAACGACCGGGUUCUGCAGACCAUGCUGAAGGCAGAGGAGAACUACCUGCCGUCGCCCAACUACUUUAAAUGUGUCCAGAAAGACAUUGCGCCCAAAAUGAGGAAAAUACUAGCUACAUGGAUGUUAGAGGUCUGCGAGGAACAGAAGUGCGAGGAGGAGGUUUUUCCGCUGGCUAUGAACUAUUUGGACAGAUUUCUAUCGGUGGAGGCCACCAGGAAAGCGACGCUACAGCUGCUCGGGGCUGCGUGCAUGUUUCUAGCAUCCAAGAUGAAGGAGACCGUGCCCUUAACGGCAGAGAAACUCUGCAUCUACACGGACAAUUCGGUCCUGCCCGGAGAACUUCUGCAAAUGGAGCUUCUGGUUCUCAGCAAGCUGAAGUGGGAUCUGGCUUCAGUCACUCCACACGACUUCAUCGAGCACUUCCUGUCCAAGCUGAAUAUCCACCCAUCCACAAAACAGACCCUCAGAAAACACGCUCAGACCUUCGUGGCACUCUGUGCUACAGAUGUCAACUUCAUUGCCAGUCCUCCGUCCAUGGUGGCGGCAGGCAGUGUGGUGGCUGCUGUUCAAGGUCUUUACCUGAAGAACCAAGAUGCCUCCCUGUCCUCCCAGAACCUUACCAACUUCUUGUCACAGGUCAUUCGCAGUGACCCGGACUGCUUACGGUCAUGUCAGGAGCAGAUCGAGUCCCUGCUGGAGUCCAGCCUGCGGCAGGCUCAGCUGCACAGUGGUACAACGGAAACCAAACACGUGGACGAGGAGGUGGACCUGUCCUGCACGCCUACAGAUGUGAGAGACGUCAACAUUUGAAGAUGAUCCGCAGGCGCGUCGCCCGAUAAACCUGAUGGUAAAGAGGAAGUUGUCCUCAGAGGGAGCUGACUGGAGGGGCGAGGAGGGGUUGCUUCAUCUCAACUCUGCAUCCCCUCUUCUGUCCUCCUGCCUCCCGGUGGGCUGCUGUCAUGGCCGAUAAUGUCUCUCACAUGCCCGCUGUCCAUUGCAGCUGCCAAGACAAGACGUAGCAGCCCUGCCUGCCACGCUAAACACCCCAUGUCACAUUUCCUGCCAGUGUCCCCUUCCUCCUUGGGAAAUCAACUGAACACUACAGAAAUGAGACAAGACUGAACGUGGACGGCCUGCGAGGGCUGGAGCUGAAGCCACAGAAGCAGAUAUUUUAGUAGAUAUUUUUCUCAUUCCCUCACAUAUUAAACUAGGAAUUUUUAAAUUGCCACAGACUUGACAUGCCUACUAAAACAUCCCAAAGUGUAAUGUGCAGUGGGUUCUCUUAGUCUGCCUUCAGGUCCUUCCUUUUGAUUUCUUUUGUCUUGUAUCUAGAAUGACUUAGACUUUCUGCCAAGUUCCCAUGUUUGUCUUGUAGUGCAAACAUUCAUUUAUCCCCGGCUUGCUUAUGUUUAGUCACUUUAUUUUACGACAUCAUUUAGUCUUAUACCUCUUCUGUUCCAAGCUUCUUUUUUUUUUUUUUUUAAGCCAGUGUACUGAGUGCUCUGUUUUUUAUGAUCUUAGAGAAUAUGGGCUGCUAAUUUGGACAAACGAAAAUGUUUGUUCAUUCCUUGACAACAUGAAUUUUACUCAUUCCUGCUUGCUGUAACUUGAUAACAUCAAAUCAACGUAUAUGUGAGCAAAACAGUCCAGUCUGUAUUUUAUUUCUCUGUGUAGUUAGAUCUAAUAUCAUUCCAAUGAAUUUGUUUUUAUACAAAAGAAUAAGCACUUUUAGUCAGCAACGCUGGCUCGACUAAAAAAAAAAAGCAAAAAAAAAAAAGCAUUAGGUUG